AUGUUUCAAAAAUCAGCCUACGCGCCCUCUAGACCAGGUUAUGUUCCAUCGUUACCUCAACGGGGUAUCUAUCGAUCAUCCUAUGUUCGUCCUGGAUACGGGUAUCGGCCACGUUUCGUUCCUCCUGUUGUACCAGCUGGUAGAGGACCGGGAGGAGCCGGUUUAUUGGCAGCCAUUCUCGGACCAAUUGGUGGUUUAACAGGAUGUUUAUGUUGCUUAAAUACAAUUGGCACGUGGGGAUUAUUUAUUACAGCCAUUCCAUUAGCUGUAUUUAUAAGCCGAUGGUAUAGAGAUUUUAAAAAUUAUAGAAAGGCAACUUUUGGUAAUGAUGCUGAAGGAUUAUUCGUACAUCAAAUUCUCUUAUGUAUGGUAUUAUUAAUAUCAUUAUUAUUUGGACGACGUAUGCGUAGUAUAUAG